AUGCCCAAGCAGGUGACGGACAUUAAGCAGUUUUUGGCGAUUGCCAGCCGCAAGGACGCCAAGUCUGCGCGCGUCAAAAAGACAGUGCUGGCUAACCGCAACGUGCAGACCAAGUUCAAGGUUCGUUGCGCUCGCUAUUUGUACACGCUUGUUGUCAACGAUGCGGACAAGGCCGAGAAGCUCAAGCAGUCGCUCCUUCCUGGUCUUAAGGUUGUUGAGGUCGGCUCUAAGCAGCUCAAGUAA